GCAAUUUACAACGUCCAAUUAACCUACGGACUGGUGUCUCUUCGGACUGUGGGAGGGACCCAGAGCACUGGGAGGAAACGCACGCGGUCACAGAGAUAACGUUCAAACUCAUCACAGGCAGCGGCGGGAAUUGGACGGGGGUCGCCCGCGCUGUAAAGCGCCGUGCUCACCACUACGUUACCGCGCCACCCCAGAACGUAGUGAGGUCCCACCGAGAUACUCCAGACACGCAUAACAUGCAGAAGUCAUUAAGUGAAAAACACGGGAAAUGUGCUGAAUUAAAAGAGGAAAUUGAAGGACUAUGGAACAUGACCAGGAUAGAUACAUUGUCCCAAUAGUAAUAUUUACAACUGGUGUAAUCCCGAAGUCUCAACAUUAAACACCACUGGAAUAGUCUGAAAGUUCCUAGCGAUUGAGAAAUGAGUGUGCUUGCCUUUGCCUAUAUCUCAGGUUUUACCAGCGUGAGCUGAGAACAAAUAAAAAUACAACAACCAAUCAAUCAAUAAGAGUUGAUAGCAUGAGAUGAAAAGCCCUUAAAAGGGAGUCAAUAGAUUGUGGGAACAGUUCAGUGACGGGGCAAGGGAUGUUAUCCCCUCUGGUUCAAGGGCCUGAUGGUUGAGGGGUAAUAACUGUUCCUGAACCUGGUGGUGUGAGUCCCGAGGGCCACAGCGAGAAGAGAGCGUGUCCUGGGUGGUGGUGUGGAGGGGGGGUCCCCGAUGAUGGAUGCUGCUUUCCUGGGACAGUGCUUCACGCAGAUAUGCUCAAUGGUGGGGAAGGUCCGCGACUUUUUUUUUUGGACGCCUUUCCUUUCGAGGGCAUUGGUGCAUUCCAGAGCAGGGUUCCACUCGGCGGCGGGCGCUAUAGCAAUGCAAGUCGCCUGCUAAGUUUCCAAACUCAUGUGCGUUUUUUCUUCUCUCUCUCUCUUCUCAGGUCUGAAAGGAAAUGAUUUGUGCAGACAACUGAGCGAUGGCCACAGCGUGCGAGUACCCACCCAUUUCCUGGGAGGAGCGUCGACUGCCGGCUUAUAAAUUCCCCAACACCAACUCUCCAACCUUCAAAGACUCGGGGAGGAAUUCUCUGUCGACCCCAGCACUCCCAGAGGAGCAGCAGACUUGUGCUAAAUGACGCUUCCUCCAGGACGCCGGCAGGCUGACAGAAUCCUGCGCUGGGACCGGCGAGCAGUUCGGCUGUGUGUCUGCGUGUGAGAGGCGGAGAAGUUUUCAUUGCACUCCCCUGAACUUACAACCGAGCUCCGGGCUCCGCCGGCGUUGGCAGCAUUAUCGAAGGCUUCGCCGCUGUGAAUGCGGUUGACACAGCCGGCCAGCGGGUGAAGAAGCGUGCUCGUACUGGCGAGGAUGCAGCUCCGGGUCCUGCUCAGCCUGAUACUACUGUUCGACUGCUUCCCUGUCAUCUUCUCCCUGUCCACAUGCAAGACGAUUGACAUGGAACAGAUUCGCAAGAAGAGAAUCGAGGCCAUCCGGGGCCAGAUCCUCAGCAAACUCAAGCUCACCAGCACCCCGAAGGCCGAGCAGGUAACGGUCACGAACGAAGUGCUCGCACUCUACAACAGCACCGUCGAGCUGGAAGUGGAACGGCGGGAGGAGCCGGACGUAGAGACCCCGGCGGACUACUACGCCAAAGAAGUGAACCGAUUUGACACUUUGAAGUCCGACGGAGGGAGCGACAACGAUUCCCCGUACAAAAUCUACAAGUUCAACAUCUCGCUGAACGUCACUGAGGAUGCCAUCCACCGAGCCGAGUUCCGACUCUUUCGGGUCGCUAGGUCUGGUGUGUCUAUGACGGAGCAGCGGGUCGAACUCUAUGAGGUAUCUCCGAAAGGCAACAUAUACCUGGACAACCGUCUCCUGCAGAUCGAGGGCAACAAUGAGUGGAUCUCGUUCGACGUGACAAAGACAGUGAAGGGCUGGGUGUCGUCGAAAGCGACCAACCAGGAGUUGAAAAUCAGUGUCCACUGCCCAUGUGAAGACAGCCCUUCAAGAGAAAACCAAAAGCUUCAGCUAAGGUUUUACGGUCCAACGCGGGGAGAUCUGGCGACCAUCUCCCAGAAGAGCCAGAAAGCGGCCCACAUCCUGAUCAUGUCCACCCCGACCAGCAGGGCGGUGACGCACACCCGAAGACGGCGGAGAGACAGCCCUGAAUACUGCUCACCGGGCACCGAGGAGAACUGCUGCGUCCGCGCCAUGUACAUCGACUUCCGCAAGGACCUGGGCUGGAAGUGGAUCCACGAGCCCAAGGGCUACUACGCCAACUUCUGCAUUGGGCCCUGCCCAUACAUCUGGAGCACAGACACCCAGCACACGAUGGUACUGAGCUUGUACAACAUGCACAACCCUGGCGCGUCGGCCUCGCCUUGCUGUGUCCCCAAGCUGCUGGAGCCCCUGACCAUCCUGUACUACGUGGGGCGGCAGGCCAAAGUGGAGCAGCUGUCCAACAUGGUGGUGAAGUCCUGCAAGUGUAGCUGAAGCCGAGCUGCGGCCCAGUGCUGGCCAAGUCUGCAUUCACAGCUCGAAGGCCUCCCGACAGGAUAUAUCUGAACGGACAAACUCAACAUGAAGUAACUGUGAGAAAACGGAGUGUUUCUCCAUCCCUCCAUGUCUGGAGGCUGGGAAAGACCGUUCCCUCAUUCCCAGUAGAGACUUUGAUCCGUCCAACUCACAUCUGUAUAGAUUUAGCCCAGAGUCAUAUCUGAAGGCUAAUUUUGGUGUUUUUAAUAUUUUUUUUAAAUGACAGAGAGUUCUUAUAAUUUAUAAAUUGAGCACUGUAUUUGAACUGGGGCCUGUGUAACAUAUUCCCAUGAACUUGACAGAUUCCACACCAAAGUGCUUCUCUCCCAAGCCUUAAAAGCACCCACUGACUCACUGAUUUGAGAGUCUCGGAGAAAUCUUCGACAUUUUAUCAAUGCCUGGAGAGUCCCCAAGAAUUCCUGCAAUGCUUCAUACUGAAACGAUUAUUCUAAGUGUGAAAAUGAUGACCUUUUCUGAUUAGGGGGCAGGAACUUGUGCAGAUGAUGGACUGUUCUGGUGCACAACGGGGCUAGGCCCGAUUUUCCCUCCACACCCUUCUAGGUGAACAGGUAAAAGAAACUUUCACCCAAGGAAAACCCGCACCAAACGCUCUGCUUGCAAGUGAAAGUAAAGUCGUGUCGCACACAUCGACGGUGCAUUGCGGCCUAGUUAGCGCAGCGGUUAGCCUGUCGCCUCAUGGCGCCAACGACCUGGUUUCUCAGUUCCUGCCACUGUCCUGUAAGGAGUUCGUAUGUUCCCCCCCCCCCCCACCACCACACCCCCCAUGACUGCAUGGGUUUCCUCCGGGUGCUCUGGUUUCCUCCCACAGUCCAAAGACGAACCGGCUGGUGGAUUAGUUGGUCACGUGGAUGUAACUGGGUGGCACAGGCUUGCUGGGCCAAAAAGGCCUGUUACUGUGCUGUAUCUUAAAAUAAAAAAACACAAUUUGAAGGAGGUUUACAUUCUAAUAAUAGAACGGAACAUCCCUUGGGCCCAAUGAUCAAUUAGGACCCUUUUCCUUCCCAACACAGUGGAGUUGUUACUGUAUAUUAAAUUUGGGUGUUCAACUGCAACUAGGCCCAAACUUUAUUGAAAUGUAAAAUGCUGGCAUUUCUUGCUGAACUAACGUGGGUCUUCAAAGCUAAUCGGGCAGUUGCUAUAGGAAGGGGAGUGAUUAGGCUGGAAAGGGUGCGAAAAAGAUUCACGAGGACUUCGCCAGGACCGGAGCGAGUUUUAAAGAGAGACCGGAUAGAUCUGGGAACGUUUUCCAUGAAGUGGUGGAAGCUGAUAUGUGACAUUAUAAUGGUUAAUAAAAUUAUGGGUGUUAUGUUUGUUCUUAAUAAAGACAAACUUGG